AUAAAACCCAGACGGCCAUUUUAGGGCAUUGUGCUCAAAUGAAUUGACCACUUUUAUCUAUAGCAAACACGUUAAAGCUUUAUCUGCGCAAUCUGUGUGCAUUCUAAGCACCUAGCAUGAUCGUUAGUACAAAGGGUUCAGAUGCCCGACCACUAAAUACUACUGGUACGCAGGAUAAGGCAUCUCGUCCAGUCGUGAUGGUCCAACCAACACUCAAUACGUUUGCCCCUACUACUGAGAAUUUAAAGUCGAUGCAGCUCAUCACCAAGUGUGGGGAAGAUCUUUACAAGGAUUCACAGCCAUCAGCGGCUGAAAGAAAAACGCCAAUUACAACACCUCAAGGCACAAGCAUGUUGUCAGACAGUAGUUAUCAACAUUUGAAACUAAAUAUCAAUGGAAAAGUGAAGAAUUACCUGGUGGCGUUGAAGAAGCCUUCAUCAGAUGAGUCAGGGCCGGUGAUAGCAUAUGGACCGUUUGACUUCCUUGAAGGAAAAAUGACAUCAACUGCAGUAAACAUUAGCCAAACUGGCAGUACAGCUACGUCAGUGAAAUACUCUGAUAGUCAGCCUGCUUCUACCAACAAACCAUUAUUUUUGCCAUACAGAGCAAGCCCGACUUGUCCAGUGAAGCUUUCUCUGGCUAAACCGGUACUUACCCAGAACACCACUGCCAGUCAAUUGUCCUAUAAACCUGCUAUACUCGCAAAUAAACCUGCAGUGGUGACUUCUAAACAUUCAGUGGAGAUAUCAGCUUCUGCUGCUCUUGCGAAGUUGGUUUCUAUUGCUCCGAUUACAAGCAACGGUACAAGAAGUGCACCAAGCCAACUACCAGCCGCUAGCAAGAUUCUUGCUGCAUAUUCACAGAACUCAUCGUUGCGCUCGUCAGAUAAGCUUGCUUCUUCUCUUCGAACACUUCAUUCUUCUACUGCUAGUCUCGUGUCUCGCCCGGCUUAUACUUUAGUUCCGAAUCCAUGCAAUCUGGAAGCAGCAACAUCAGGAAGUUCCAGUGUCUUAAAUGCACCAAUAAAAGCCACUGUUAACCGCCAAACCUCGGGCUUAGAAAUGGGUGGGACUUCCGUAAAAGGACAGAGUUCAUUCACUUUCAUCAUGAAGAAUCCUACUUCUAGCAUGGCCAAAGCCAACGGUUGCACUAGCACUCGUACCACUUGUUCAAACGCCCAAAAUACAUUUGUUGUCGUGAAAGAGGAUGCUGGAAAAAUAAUAGCUUUACAAAAUGGAGAAAAAGUUAAACACACGGCUGUAGGUGUUCCAUCACAAGGAGCUGGUGCUGUGGCCGCUAACUCUUCAGCAGUGCGACCCUUUCCAUGUUUACCAACUGUUGUCAGUUCAUAUUCGUCAACCAUACCGAAAAUAACAACAGUAAACAUGGUAAAUGUUCCGUUUCAACAGAAGCUGAGUGAGGUCUCGAACUCGGAGCACUCUUUGAAAAUUGACUCUGUUUACAGUUUAGCAAAUCCAACCCCUGCAACGGUGGAAUGUGUCAAGACAAGUGGGUCGGCCGGCACCAAAACUCCUGGUCCUUCUCUGUCUGAGUGUGCUGACUACACAGCAGAGUCCUCAAUCUUGCCACCCGAACAACCCACAUUCUUGGAAGUAAUUGACGUGGUUCCGUGCAAAGUUGUCUUGCGCAAAAUAUCACAACAUUUCCCAAGGAAUAUUACCAAGAAAACCGUGAACCAACUCUGUACUUAUAAUAUCCGUAAACGGCCUUGGUCGAAAUUAGUUCGUGAGCACCUUUCAAGUUACUAUAGGGGGGAGAAGUUUGCUAAAAUUGAUUUGAAUCCCGAAAAUGUAUACAAGAUAUUGCAGGAGUCUCCCCUCACUGUUGUUGCCAUGCCAAGGAAAGCAGUUCAGACCGACAAGAUAGAUGAUGACACGGUGGAGGUGUAUCAGAAACCGCAGACUGCAAGAAAGAGAGGCUAUAUGAAGAUAAACCGUAGUGACGAAAUCAUAGACAACGUCCUGAAGAAAAGGCCUAGAAAGUCAUCUGAGAACAAUGAAGACCUUGUUCCUUUAUCCAGGCCAAGGCCACUGCUUAUGUCUGCUCUCCUGUCGUCCUCGUCACUGCCUGUGAGUUCAGUCACAAACUCGACCGCACCUCAUGAAACGCCAAUGUGUUCAGUCGCAAAGUCAACUGUAAUUGCUCAAACACCUCAGUGUUUGCUCGCGAAGUCAACCGCAACUCCCCAAACGCCUGUGCUUUCAGUCGCACAGUCAACUGCGACACCUGAAAUGCCAAUGUGUUCAGUCGUCAUAUCGACUGCUAUUUCGUCUCCACCGAAGUACAAGUCUAUAAUCGAUCCUGCUGUCGUAUCACCAAAGAAGGGAAUCGUCUACCCCACCAUCAUGUCACCAAAUAAGGGUAUCGCCAAUCCCUCUAUCAAUGCUCAAGAUGAGUGUGUCGAUUCUUUGAAUGCUCUAAAACCAGUGCUGCAUCAGAAUCCAGCGGAAGUUCUUCAGAAAGAUAAAGAACGUCUAAGCGUGGUCAACUCAAUUCCUGGUUUGACUGAAAUGUCGUGUGGUGAGACUAAGAAGGUUUCAUUCCCGUUGGGUCCGUGUGUUACUGCAGGUCUUACUGGAAAAGCAGUUCUCCCUGGGAAAGAGGGCAGCGAGCCAGAGAACUAUUUAAUAUUGAGGACAAGCCAGAGCUGCUACUUUGUCCCUGUUGGGAAGAAUGCGUAUGUGGUUCCCAUAUCCAAGGCAACGGAGGUGGUUCAGUCGUGUAAGAAGCCAGUCCCGAGUAACGCUUGCUUCGGGGACGUGACGUCUGUGUCCGAAAGGAGAGCUAUUAAAGUGGCCAGUCAGGUAACGACGAUGCCGGUGUUGACAGCCGAAGCCGGUGCGUCAAAUAUGUCUAUGAAAACGACUCCUCAUCAAGACAUUAGCAAGACAGUGUCAGGGCAGACUGACAAUACACAGUUGAAAACAUCUUUCCAAGGCGGUGAUAUUUCAAGUAAGAGUGAAACUAACAAUGUCUUCUCAGGUGUCAGGAUUAAAUCGGAACCCGUUACUACCGGUUACCCGGGUGACCCAGAUAACGAAGAUUCUAAAUUGUCUCCUGUACCUUCUCCUAUUCCGGGUGUUCUGAUAAAAACUGAAAAUGACUCUGAAACUGAUGACGCGUGGAGUGGUACCGAAAUGCCGGAUGAUGAGGCACCAGCGGAGGAAGAGGCCCCAUUUGUCCCUUUCAAGAGUGUGGCAGACCUCUAUCGUUCUCGGCAGGGCCAGUAUCAUCACACUGUCAAUAACCAGGCGACCGAGGAAGACGAAGAGGCGGCAGGGAGAGCGGAGCGUAUCAGGAAGCUACGUGAACUAAUGAAAUCGAAGGAGAAGAGGUGCGAUAAGGCUCGCCAAAGUUUGUCAGGGGAUCAGACAGAGAAGCUCAUCAAAGAAUUUGACGACAUAUGAAGAAGUCUUCAGUGCGUUGAUGGAACUUUUAUAACGUAGUGGCUUUUAAACAGAAUUAUUUGUACAUAUACACAUACAAUUAUUGUUACUACUACCUCAAUAUCAGUAUCGUUAUAAAUUUCGUUGAAAUCAUGCUUGCAGUUAGUCCGGUGCGUGAUCGGUAGCUCCGCAUUAUUGUAUUGGUAAACAUAGUUGCGUUGUUAAAUUUGAAUACCAUAUGCAUGUAUACCGUGUACAUAUAGACUGAUGUUUUGUUCAAAAAUGUUGCAUUUUCAUUUAGUACGUACGCAAUAAGGGAGGGGUGGGCAUGCGUACACGUACUAAAUGAACGGUCCCUUACCAUACAAUGCCAUAAUAUGGCAUUGUAUGGUAAGGGACCGUUGAAUUACACAUAUUAUGUGUAAUUCAAAUUUCUAUUCUGGUAGUAUGCUAUAUCAUCGCGAGAUAUAUGUUCGGUACCAUUACUGUAACGGCAGUUGUACAUGUAUGGGGCGAGAUUGUAUGUGUUGACUUAACUCUUUCUGGUUAUUAACGGGUGAUUACAUUAUGCUCGGUUGUCAACCCGGCCCUGAAGAGUGUCGUCCUGACCAACUGCAAAAGUAAUCAACACGAGGUAUAUAAGCGAAAUCGCGUACCAGUAAAUUUGUCUUCGAUUGGAGACCGCGAAUUGUAGUUAUGUAGCAUGAUACUGAUUUCCUGUCUUAAUCAUUAGACUUUUUUAAUCGACAAUUUUACUGUAUGAACAUUAACUAUACCAAUUGUGUACCCGUUUUUGUUGGCUGCUGUAAAAUAAGUCGGGAGCCGUUACGGUUUUUCCAGCUGACACUAUUCGGCACCUCUUGUGUAUGGUACUGAUCCAUAAUUUCAUGCUGGUGUCGCCUCGUAACGGUUCCAUCUGUAACCUCUCUUCGUCUUUGUCGACGGAGUGGAUCAAGAUGGUUAACGAAAAAUUAUGUAUAUUUUUUCAAAAGAUUAAAGGAAUUUGCAUCUAUUUUUUA